AUAUAAGGAGAUGUACGGACCCUCUUGUGUGACGUUACAAAACGCGAAAUAAAGAAUGUCUGUAGCCUACUGUAGGUUUACACUCAGAUUCACACCAGGAGGGGAGCACCCUGGUAAUCUGGUUACAUAAGAGGCCAUUUAAUUUGCAAUGCCCCCGCGCAGCUAAUCCCUUAUUCCUGUGUGCCUGUCCCGCGCGACGGAAACAACACUUGUGGCUUUCACAGCAUGCGCUUCUACAACAAAAAAGUAAGACGUGUACAGGACAGUAAAACGUCUACAUUAACAAGUCGAAGCCUCACUAUAUCUACCCUUUUUGCCUCUCACGUUGCAGCGUCAAUUUAGCGAUGUGCUUUGAGUUGGUGACGAUUCGCUGACGCGCCUUUAGCCGCACCACCCUUGAGAGAGGAGCUACUAGGGAGCAAAAGGGGCUGAUAACCGGGCACUGUAUCUCUUUCUUUCCUAUCGAACGUGAGAGGAGGCGAGUCCUGCGGCAAAACGAGCGAAAUUUCACCGGCACCGGGAGAGGCAUCCAGGCUUUGUAGUGGAGAUGGAGGUUCCGAGUUUGGCACACAACAUAACGAGCCCAAUGAGUCCGUGCGAGGGCAUGUUAAAGAACCUCAGUUUAGAUGCCAUACAGUUAUGCGAGAGAGAGGGAAAUAAAUCCCAGGACAGCGGCAUCGUGGAGAUGGAGGAACUUCCUGUUCCUCAGCACAUCAAGAUCAGCAACAUCACCUGUGACUCCUUUAAGAUCUGCUGGGAUAUGGAGCCUCGCGUGAAGGAACGCAUCACACACUACUUCAUCGACCUCAACAAGAAGGAGAACAAGAACUCCAACAAGUUCAAACACAAGGAUGUCCCCACCAAGUUGGUAGCAAAGGCAGUGCCUCUCCCCAUGACGGUUCGAGGCCAUUGGUUCCUCAGCCCUCGUACAGAGUACACGGUGGCGGUCCAGACGGCGUCCAAGCAGAGCGACGGAGACUACGCCGUGUCAGAGUGGAGCGAGAUCAUCGAGUUCUGCACCGCCGAUUACUCCUCGGUGCAUCUGACCCAGCUUCUGGAGAAGGCAGAGGUCAUCGCUGGCAGGAUGCUGCGUUUCUCUGUCUUCUACAGGAACCAUAACAAAGAGUACUUUGACCAAGCAAGGGAGCACCAAAACAACCGCAUGCUGCCCUCGGUGAAGGACAACAGCGGCAGCCACGGCUCCCCCAUCAGCGGCAAGCUGGAGGGCAUCUUCUUCAGCUGCAACACCGAGUUCAACACCGGCAAGCCCCCCCAGGACUCCACCUACGGCCGCAUGCGCUUCCAGGUGCAGGCUGAAGCCCUGUUCAACCCCAACACCAACCUCUACUUUGCGGACUUCUACUGCAUGUACACGGCCUACCACUACGUCAUCUUGGUCCUGGCUCCUCAGGGCUCCCCCGGGGACGACUUCUGCAAGCAGAGGCUCUCGGCGCUGGACAUCACCAACAACCGCUUCCUGACGUGCGUCCGGGAGGAGGGCGAGGGGGCGGGGCUGGUGUUCCACCACGCCCAGGACGUGAUCCUGGAGGUGAUCUACACUGAGCCCCUGGACCUGGCACAGGGCACCGUGGCUGAGAUCAGCGGGCAUCAGCUGAACAGCCUGUCCACCUUCAACGCCAAGAAGGACCCCAGCUGUAAGACGUGCAACAUCAGCGUGGGCCGCUAGGCCUGCGAGAGGCUCCGGCCUGGGAGACUUUUAACCGCCACACACACACACACACACACACACACAGGCCUAUGUAACCCUACACACACACUAUUACCUCCCACCCCCCCCCCCCUCCUCUCCUGAACACACAUGUAGACACACACCAAAAAGACUUAUCACACACAUCAAAUCUAAACAUUAGCUACAUAUCUCUGCAAUGCAUCCUCUUUGGAGAAAGAGUGUUAAGUGCUCUCACACACACACACACAUUCAUCCCCCUUGCCUGUCUGAGAGGAUCACCAUCUACUGAGGGGAGCUCUCCAACCGCCUCCACGGAAGAAUCUGAGCUUGCUAUAGCUGAGAUGUGGGACCCUGACCAACCCUCCGUGCACCCCACCGUCCCUCUGGCCUAGCCAGCCGAGCAUUCCGUUACCGCUAGCAAACCAUCCAUCGCUGCCUGCUAACCAAGCAUCAAUUCCCCCUAGCAAACCAUCCGUUCCCGCUAGCAAACCAUCCGUUCCCGCUAGCAAACCAUCCAUCGCUGCCUGUUAGCCUACCAUCCAUCCCUGUUAACCAGCGCCGGUUGAUAGAUGAACCCUUUAACCAUUUUAACAAACCCCGCAGAUAGUCAUAGCUUAUCUCCCCUUUCUUUUCCUAAUUUUCCUCAAACACUUUUAAUUAGUUCUCAUUUUACCGACUAUCCGUUGUACCUGUUCUUCUUUCUGUUGUGUGCUCCAGAUUUUUUGUUCCUUGGUCUCACCUGAGUGUUUCAGUAUAUUGUUCCAGAUCUUAGUAGUGGUAGAGCCUGGUACUGACCUUGGGUCUGCAGCAUCGUCAUCCUAAUGCCAAAGGUAACGCAAAAACACAGACAAAAACCCGCUGUAGAAAGACUUUACUAAUGCAACAACCUCUGUCUGAACUUGGAAGUCAAAGCACUUCUCUAACCUUUAAAAGCAUGAUGCAGUUCUGUGCAGCAUGAGUUUAACAACUAUCAGUACCUCUACCGACCAUGGCUACCGUUUUAUUUAUUCUAGUUAAAAGAAAAACCAGAAACUGUGUUUAGCAGAGUAAAUGUGAAAAAAUAUUUAUUUUUUAUUGAUAUAUAAAAAAUAUAAACCAGAAGUGCACAAUGUCAAAAGCUUUGAUCAUAGUAAAGAAUGGCAUAUAUGGGAGGGGGAAAACAGGUUUUUUUUCUAGCAAAGGAGAUAAAACCCCAGAUUUGACAGCAAAAAUUACUUGCACUACUAUGCUAACAUGUACAACUAUUCUUUUUCCAAGGGUAAUGUAUAACUUGAAUUGUCACAAUUCAUAUUAACUAUGAGAUUACUAAUACAUAUCAUAGCACAAUGUAGGACAAAAACGGAUUGACCCUCACAAACAUUCUAAAGGAUUGUCGGAUUGUGUGUUUGGGUGACAGAUCCCUCUUGCCGAGUCAGCACUUAGCGCAUCGUUAUAGCUUAACCCACGUAUCUGUUCUAUGUUGACAACAGUGUUUUUUGCAGGAAGAAAAAAACAAAACAAACAAUAAUGUGCCAUAAAUAGAACAUUUAAAUCGCUAACGUAUCUAACAUCAACUGUUGUUAUAAUAUCCGUUAUUUUUUCUUCUUGGAAUGAAGGCGUGUACACUUGCUACAUUAGCUUCAUGACAACAAUAUUUUUUAUUAUGUCACCAAGACAAGAGAGUUGUUGACAAAUAUAUUAAAAUAAUCUCAUUUUGUCAAUUCUCUCUCCAAGUGCGGACGUCAAACCAUUUAAAGUGCAUCAACAUAAUAAGCAUGGCAUGAAACGAGAAGUAGGCCUACCACCAAAUCUCACUUUUAACAAUGAACGCUCUUAAAAAAAAAAAAAAGUCCUCGAGUGUUGAAAUGAAAAAAUUAAAA